UGGCAGACGAACUUCUAAUGGUAUCGUAGCCAUGGCGGGACUAUUGUGUGGGUCUUUUGAACUUCGUGAUUACCGUGCUCUGUACCACUGCUCUCCGUCGUUUUCAUUCUCUUUAAGCCUUGCACGCGUUGGACAGUUAGUAAUGGCUGCCAGUCGUCUUACCUAUUUCUCCUUUCCUUGUCACUUCCGCUGGGAAUACGAUGCCAGGAUACUCCUUCCUUGUCACUUUCGCUGGGAAUACCACGGCAGGAUACCAGGCGUCCCAUUCCUACAACAACACAAUUGAACCAUUGCUUAUAAAUAAGCCGCAGAUUAACUCAUUACCACCAAGAUAUUCAAUGAUCAACGUGUUACUGUUUGGAAAAGACGUGUUGAUGACGUCACGGUAAUUACUCUUAUUUCUUGUGAUCAUUAUCUUCACAGUGGUAUACGUGUGUGCAACUUAAAAUUGUAGAAAGCAGAAGAAUUCUUCAAGAGAAAAUGGAAUAACAUUUGACAGGUUUAUCAUGGAACUGUCAUGACAAGUUAAAAACAGCUGAUACAGUACACUACUGUCACCUGUUAUAGAGCACAGAAAUAAAGUCUGUGAAGAGAUUCCAUGGCAGAGGUCCACAUCAUUGGUCAAGUGUCAGGAGGCAGCGGAUUUACGAAGGUGUCUUCCCUUUUUUGCAAGUGGUCAUUGCAACUUGGAGGUGGCUGGCGUGUAGUGGAAGGCUUGAGUGAAGGUCAGACUCAAGCUGAUCAGUCAGAAGCCAGUGAGGACAGGGUCACCUGGUGUCAUCCAGUUGACUUACAUCUCAGUUCACGUGGAAUUCAAGGUUGGCCAAGAUUACUACUCCAAGUCUAUAGGCAGGACGACUUUGGCCGAAUUGACCUCUGCGGGUAUGGGGUAGUGCACAUACCAACCCGUCCAGGACAUCAUGCUAUUACAUGUUCGACAUGGCGACCCAGUGGAAAUUUGACUGAAGAGUUCCGAAGAGUGUUUUUAGGAGGGGGUCCACAGCUGCUUUCCACAGAGUUCAUCCAUUCUGCUAUGGAGCGCUACAGGCUCCACACCAUUCCAUCAGGUUCUGUACAUUUGGAGCUUGGUGUAAUACUUAGGAACUUUGAGAAGCAUGGUGUUAUGUAUUGAGUUGUGUAGCAUCAAGAGAUCUUCCUUGUUGUGCCUUUAUAAGUUUGUGCUGAGAACACUGAAGCUUCAGUUAUGCAGCUG